CAACAACAACAAACACAAACUGUUAUUAUUUUAAACAUGUAAUGUGUGCAUGUGCGUUUUAGCUGUGGACGUGAAAGCAAAAUAGCGCAAGACCAUGGACUUAAGUUAUAAAUGUUCCUAUUCAUAUAGCAAGUACUUCCCAGCAAAAAAGUUCAUACAUUUUCAAGUACCUUUUAAAUAGGAAAUAUUCUUUGAUUUUGAGGCUUUACAAAUAUUUGUUUUGUAUAAGCCGACAGAACCUUAUUUCAAUGUGUUACGUUGAAUGUUUUGUAGGUUUUUCAGGUUCAGGUUUUGAUUAGUGUUACACUCAAACAUAUUCGCAGAAAAGACGUUUACAUACUUAGAGACACAUAUUUGACCGAUUUAUAUCAUGGAGCAUCCUAAUCAAAGUCGGAAGCAACUUGUGUAUAGGGGAAGUAACUUGUGUUUAUCGAAAGAAAAUUUGUAUAAAGGGGAGUGUUUAGUAAAGAAAGGCUUACGAACAGAAGGUUGUUCUGCAUACCGCAAUAUUUUAAUACUAUAAAAAUCCAAAUGGAGAAAACUUAAACAUCGACUUUGAAGAAGCUUUAAAUAUGCGUGAGAGAUAAAAAUGUUUGCACAAGAGUUGACCUUAUCAGUUAAUAUCGACAGGUGGAUGACAUUGUUUACCACGAAAGUUGCUAAAACAUAGGCGAGAUAUCCAUGAAAAUGAUUAACAUUGGGUUGAUAAUGUCAGUGUUAAGUUGCAUUAGUAUUUCGGAUAAAGGCAGGGUGCGGUACAUUCAUCUGAGCAUUGUUAAACGUGCUAAAAUGAUGUUAUAAUAAAGAUAAAAAGUGCUUGUAUCAUAGUUGAAAUGAACUGACUUUUGAGUCGGAAUUACAAGUACAGCCGUUUAGUUGGUGGUCUGGAUGAGUCAACAUGAGAAGAAAUGCCCGCCUGAUCUUUGCACUACUUCUGGCAUCGACACUUGCGUUGGUUGUUCCAGUGUUAUACCAAAGAAUAUGGCGAUUAUUUGUUCGAGUCAGCGAUGAUGAUCUGAGUCAGCUUAGACAACGAUCGCUAGUGUUCAUCAAAGUUCACAAAACCGGUAGUUCCACUAUAGCCAACAUCUUGCAGCGUUACGGUCAUAGGAACGAGUUGAAUUUCGCUUUGCCGAAUAAGACCGUUGGGGAAAUCAGAUACAAUUACUUUGGAGGAAUUGGGGGAACAUUAGAUCGAUCGAAAAUGAUACCGUCGAAAAAGAAUCGGCCGAACAGCGGAUUUAACAUUUUGUUCAAUCACGUCAUCUACAAUUGGACAGCGUUUGUUGAAAUAUUCCCGCCAAAUAACAGUAGUUACGUCACAAUGAUACGAGAACCGGUGUCGCAUUUUGAAUCGGCCCUCUUGUAUUUUGUCCACGACAAUAUUUUCAAUGUCGCCACAGAAAACACCACAGCAUACUUGGAGAAUCCGGCGGCGUACGAACCUGAGGACGCUUACAUUUCGUUUACAAACAACCGGCAGGCGUUAGAUCUUGGUAUUCCUCCGCGGCAUCUGAGGAACGCCAAAUACGCGGAGACGUACAUUAAACUGCUCGAUAAAACUAUGCAUCUGGUCAUGAUUACUGAAUAUUUUGAUGAAUCGUUGAUCAUGCUAAAAAGGAAGUUUUCUCUACAGCUUCGGGAUAUUAUUUACAUUCCCAAAAUAAAAAGUACCAAGAUUUUGAUUUUAAAUUCAGUAGCAAUGACCUGGCUUUGUUGAGGGAGUGGUUGUUAGCAGACGACAUGAUUUACCAACAUUUUUAUUUAAAAUUUCACCUGGCGCAAAAAGACGAACCACAGAUCAUGGAAGAGACAUCUCAUUUUAAACAAGUUCUGGAGAAAACGUGGACAUUUUGCGAAGGAACCGAACAUACAAAUCGUCUGCUUAUAGAAGAAUCUCAAUGGAAUACCCGCUUUGAAUUAACGGCAUUGGAUUGUGCAUACAUGAACCUGAGUGAACUUGAUUUUUUAGAUAAACUUUUGCACGACCGUUGAUCUUAAGGAUUGAAUCGAAACAUACUCAUUGAGUUAUAACACUGAGCAGAAAUUUCGUCGAAUAUAUAUUUUUUUCGUCAAGGCCUAGACGUUUCGGAUUAAUGUUUGCGUAAUAUAACAAUGACUUAGUAUGUUUUAUAUAAUUUGCGUAAGUUUUAUAUAUAUCAUAUCAGUCUAUAUGUGCUGCAUGGUAAUGGAAUCGAAAACCUUUAGCCAAAAGCAGUCAGACAACAUAUUCGGCAAAAGAGUGAUAGGUUUAGUUUAAAACGUGUUAAACUCCGGUGAGCGAUAAGGGCUCUUAAAUUAUGGUUCGUCUUAUUAUAUAUUUUAAGUGUGGCAAAUUUCACUGUUUUAUUUCUAUGGGAUUCCUUAACAGCGAAAAGAUGUCAAAUAGACAAAGAAUAAAAUACUAUUAAUAAGAAAAUAAUGAAUAAUAUUUAAAUAUG